AUGUUUAAUUUUAUGAAGAAAGGAGUUGCUGGAGUGGGAGGUGGUGGCGGCAGUGGCAACAGUGGCAACAGCACGGGGAACGGAAGUGGAGGCGGUGGUGCGGUGUCUUCCGGGGGGCUAUCCGUUAUAGGCGCCCUGUCCGGGCUGGACGAUCGCGAUGAUAAGGAUCGCCGGAAGAAGGAGAAAAAGUUACGCAAAGAGGGCAAACAAUUACUGCUCGGAGUGGGCGGUGUAUCCAGUGGCCAUUCCAGCAGUAUGAGUGCCGAAGAGUUGCUACGAUUAGAUGAGGUUCGUCGAUCGCUCAAGAUUCGUGGCCGACGAAAAGAAAAGGAAAAGUUACCGAGUGGCAUCACGGCGGACUAUAGUGCGUCGUUUUUCGCCCAGCUCGAUGUGGAUCAUCGGGAACUGGAUCGUGGUACGGAGGAGGUUCUAGCUGUCGCCAAUACCACCACCUAUAUUGACCGCAACGGUGAAAUGGUUGAGCGUGUUUCGUUUAGCAGCACGACGACGACACUACAGCCGACCUCACCUUCAUACGGCGCGGAUGGUAUUGGAUCGCAACCACACACACCCGGCGGGACGAAAACGAACCUACCCCCAAUACCACCAAGACCACCGAAGCGUGGAAUACUGAAAGGUUCGCGAUCCUCCCUCACCGGUAGUAGUGGAGGAAUGGUGGACAUGGGAACGGUAUCUUCCCCAUCGUCUGCUGCGAUGCUCCAGCUACUUGCCUCACCUUCGCCGAGUGCCGAUAGCCUUACCGACACGACGACAACGACCACUAAUUCUUCCUUCGCCACGCCACCGUUUUCGCUCAGCCCGGUCGGUGAAUCGCAAGGCUACGAGGGACGAAUCGGGCGAGUUCAUCCGUUCGAUGAACGCGUCACGGCGAACGGAAGCGUUAUGCUCUCUUUGCCCCCGAUCCAUCUGCAACCUUUACCGGCACCACGCGAACUCGUCAUUCAGCGGCAAAGAGGUCCACGGAACGAUUUCGGUUUCAGUUUGCGGAAAGCGUUUGUGCUCGAUCGUCCGACGGUUGGUGGAAUGUCCCUGUCCCGGCCCGGUCCUCCACAGAUGCGGGCGAUUAUCUUCGCUGAACCGAGUUCAACCGGCGCAGUGCGGACGGGAUUGUUACCGGGCGAUCGAUUGUUGCGCGUAAAUGGUCAGCCAGUAGAGGAGCUGAGCCGGGAAACGAUCAUCGAGAUGAUACGGAACAGCGGAGAUUCGGUGAUGGUACAAGUGCAGCCAAUUGCAGAGCUUAUCGAACUGUCCCGACGUUGUGUUAGUGUGACACCCAAUAGCGCACCGGUGGACGACUGUAAUACGCUAAAGCGCAGUGCCAGUCGACGCUUUCAAAAGAUUCAAACAACAGCAGCUAACAGCAGCUCUUCAGAUCCGAGUGGCAGAACCGAACUCGAACCGACCACAGUGGGUGGCCGUGUAUGGUUAAUCCAUCGGGGUGGCUUUACCGCAGCUUUCAAGCAACAGCUGUCACCGUCUACGGUGGCGAUGCCUUCCCACCACCAGGCAGGAAAAGUGUGGAUCCGGCUCGAGGCAACCGGCGAAGAGUUGCUAAUCGACGAAGAUGACCUAGAGGUGGCCAACCCAAACUCGCUCGACCUCGUAGAGGAUGUGUGUCAGCUGCCUCACCUGAACGAAUCAUCCGUGCUCCACGUGCUACGGCAGCGGUUUGCAAACAAUCUUAUUCACACGCGUGCCGGUCCAGUAUUGCUGAUCGUGAACCCGAUGGCUCCGCUUGCUCUCUACUCGGAAAAGGUAGCGUCAAUGUUUCGCGGAUGCAAAGCCGAAGACGACAUGCCGCCGCACAUCUUCGCACAGGCACAAACGGCCUACCGGGCGAUGUUGGAGACGAGGCGUGAUCAAAGUUUGAUCUUCCUGGGUCGAUCGGGUGCGGGUAAGACCACUAGUUUCAAGCAUGCUCUAUACUAUCUGACCCUGGCAAGCCGUCUGGAGCUGCAACCAUCCGUGCGGGCACUCACCGUGGAGAAGGUGAGCGCCAUCGGUACGAUAAUGGACGCGUUCGGCAAUGAACGCACGGCCCUGAACGGGAAUGCGACAAAAUUUACACAAAUUUUUGCACUGGACUUUGACCACAGCGGACAGAUCGUGUCGGGUUCGAUACAGAUCAUGCCGAUCGAUCGGAUGCGUCCUUCCGGGGGUUCCAACCGUGGUAGGGCAGGCGUACCGAGGUGGAGUUUUCUCGCCGGUGUUGAUGGUGGUGCGUUGCGAAAGGAGUUGCUGCUCGAACCGGCCACAGGAGAAUCAUCGGCGGGAGGUAAUGCGACCGUGGAACAGGAAUCGAUCGAUUAUCAACGACUUUGUCAGGCGUUCCGUGUGCUGAACAUUGAUCAAGCUGCGGUGCGAGGCAUUUGGUACGUGCUGGCUGCCAUUCACCACCUAUCCCAGUCGGGUGCGGUGAUAGUGGCGGGCCGGGUACAAUUUGUUAACCCACGCUCAGCCCAAAAAGCGGCCAUGUUGCUUGGCAUACCGGUGGAAGACUUGCUGUCGUACGUGUUCCCGGAGAAUAGUUCCGGUGGCGCUACGAAACCUACCCUCACCACGGCCACAGUAGUGGAGUGUUUGACGGCAUUCAUUGAAGCGCUUUACACCGAGCUGUUCUACACGAUUGUGGGACUUAUCAACAAAUCGAUCGCUGCCGUUACGCCACAUCAAACGAUCGGAUCUGUACUGCUGGUGGAUGUUCCUGGGUUUCAAAAUCCGGCCAGCGUUGGUGGUGGUACUGCCGCCAGUACGCUUGCCGAUUUGCGCUUUAACUAUCUGCAUGAACGUUUGCAGUUGCUGUUCCACAACGCAAUGUUGGUUCAACCGCGCGCCCGAUACGCACAGGAAAUGGUCACGGUAGAAGAUUCCCUGGCGCUAAUGGCAACUGAUACGGGUGCUGGUGGUGGGGGUGGAGCUACAGCAGGAGGUGGACACAGCAGUCCCGCUGCAAUGGUGGCUCUGCUCGAUAAAGUUCCCCAGAGUCAUGAACCUCGCAAAGGCUUGUUGUGGAUGUUGGACGAAGAGCAACUGCUAAAUCCGCAACCCACCGUACCGUCGAAAGGUGAUGGAACCGCGGUGGAUGAUUUUGACGAUGAUGGUGUUGGUGGUGGCAGUGGCAUCGAUGAACGGGAUGGAAGGUUUCUCGAACGUUUGUUUGCAUCGUACGGUGAUCGGGAGAGCCGUGAAACGUUACUGCUGCGUGCCAGCGUACCGACCGGUGCGUGUGACGUUGUGCUGCAACAUCUGCUCGGCACCAACCCGGUACUGUACUCCGUCACCAGCUGGUUAAAGGAGGCAGCCGCCCAAGCACACUACAUGCCCCAGCGGGCACUAAACUGUUUGCGUGACAGCGUUAAGCCGGAAAUCAACGGAUUGUUUGUGGGUACGCUUGGUGGUGCGAUGGAUUCGCUCGCUUUUGGCGGUGGUGGAUCAUCGCAGCAGCUGCAGCAACAGUCACUGCGGCGCAUGAGCAGCAUCCGGCGUACGUACACCGGUACCGGAUUCCCCAAGCGGAACAGUGUGAUCGUGCAGGUGAAAUAUACGGUGGAUUGUCUGAUCGAUACGCUGCGACGAACGGGUAUGCACUUUGUGUACUGCUAUCUGCCACAGCACAACGGUGGCACGGCCAUGGCCACUGGGGGGUGCGUAUCGAUCGAACAGCAACAUCCAUCAUCGGCCGAAAUCAGUGGCACCAGACAGCGGGAGGAUGAUAUUAUCAACAUUCCACUGCUUCGCAGUCAGCUCCGCGGUUCGCAGAUGCUUGAUUUUGCGCGCCUUUAUCGGUUAGGGUUCCCUAUCAGCAUACCCUUGGCGGAGUUUGUGAUUCGUUUUGGGCUACUGGCGGAGGGUGGCACAUCUGCCGGCACCGGCACCAAUGUCAGCGGAGAGGCGGCAAUGGUUGAUAGUAUCCUGAGCAACUGCGAAGUCGACUCGUCCGUGUACAGAAUUGGCACGAGCCAGGUGUUCUUCCGUUCCGGUGUGCUGGGCGCGUUGGAAGCAAAACGCGACGAUCUGCUCUCCGAUCGGGUCAUACAGCUGCAGGCCCAUUGCCGGGGGUACCUGGCGCGGAGGCGUCUCGCCCGGCGCCGUCUGCAGGAACUCGCGGUAAAAUGCAUCCAGCGCAAUGUGCGCGCCUUCCUGAAGGUGCGCGACUGGCCCUGGUGGCGGUUGCUCGUACGCGUGACACCGCUGCUCGCCGUCCACCGGACGGAGGAGCAGCUGAAGGUGGCGACGGUCGAGCUGCAACAGGUGCGGGCCAAGCUGGAGAAGAUCGAAGCGGAGCGUAACGAGCUGAAGGCGACCAACCACAAGCUGGAGGCACGGCUAAGCGACAUUACUUCCGAGCUAACGGAGGAGCACUCGUCGUCGAAUUUGAUCACGGAACGGCUAGCAUCGGAAACCUCGGAACGGUUGCGACUCGAGAAGGAAGUGAAGGACUAUGAGUCAAAGUAUCGCAAUCUGCAGGAGUCGUCCGAAAAAAUGGAGAUGGAACUGCUGUGUGCCAAGUCGGAGCUAAACUGUGACUUUGACGACUGCAGCACGAUCGGCGAUUACGACGGCGAUGGUACGGAUCGGGACGGGCUGCCACUCGGUGGUGCUGAUGGCGAGGUGGCCAAAAGCUACCGGUUACGCUACGAACGGGUCGCCCGUGAGCUGGAGUUCACGAAGAAACGGCUCCAGACGCAGCACGAGCACGAUCUCGAGCAGCUCGUCGGGUUGAAGAAACAGCUCGAGAAGAAACUGUCCGAUGCGUACGAGGAGGUCGAAGAGCAACGCCAGGUGGUGGCACAAUGGAAGCGCAAGGCGCAGAAAAUGACAAACGAAAUGAACGAUUUGCGCAUGCUGUACGAAGAGCAGAACAGUCGGAACAACCUGCUGGAGAAGCGUCAGCGGAAGUUUGAUGCGGAAUGUCAAACGUUGCAGGACAGUGCGCGGCAAGAGAAGCAAGCGAAAGAACGGAUCACACGCGAGAAGGACGUGCUGAUGGCGGAGAAAUGUAAGCUAGAGCAAACCGUAUCCGACAUCCGGCUCGAGCUGGAACUGAAGGAGGAGAAGAACGCAACGCUCCAGCAUGAGCUAGACGAGAUGGCGUUUGGUGGUGGCACGGAGGAAGAGAUCGCUCAGCUGAAGCGCCAAAAGAUGGAACUUGAUCGGCGCUGUAAGGAGCAGGACGAAGAGUUGGAUGAGAUGGCCGGCCAAAUACAGUUGCUGGAGCAGGCGAAGUUGCGGCUAGAGAUGUCCCUGGAAACGAGCCGCAAAGAGUCUCGCAAGGAAGCUCAGCAGCGGGACGAUGAGAUGGAAGAGAUCCGUGGCGCUUCGUACAAGAAGAUAAAAUCUUUGGAAUGCCAGUUGGAGCAGGAGCACGAAGAGCGAACCCAGCUGCUUCGCGACAAGCACGAGCUGGAACGGAAGCUGGCCAGCCUGGAGGAUCAGGAUCGUGCCGAACGGGCGGCCGAAGAAGCGAUGGUGCAACGGUUAAAGCGUGACGCGCGCAAAUAUCGUGCCCUGCUGCGAGACGCUCAAAGUCAGCUUGAUCGUGCGAAGGGAGACUCGGCAAGCAAAGCGCUUGUCCGACAGCUACGCAACCAGCUGGAAGAUGCCGAAUCUGCGCGUGUAGGUGCGCUGAAGGCACGGCAGGUGCUGGAAGGUGAGCUGCAGGAUGCACAAAUGCUGCUCGAGGAAACGCAACGGGCGCGCAAUGAGGCGGAAGAUAAGGCCACGAUGGCACAACGCGACCGGACGGAGCUACAGGCGCAGAUAGACGAAAACGAGGAGGAGAUGGCGGAGCUGAUGAAGAAGUACAGUGCCACGGUGAAACAGCUUUCCAGCGAACAGACGCUGAUAGCGGAGUACGAGCUGCGGGUGUCGGAGCUGGAGGGUGAGAAGAAGUCGCUCAAGGAGCAGGUCGUCGAGUUGGCGACCCGGCUUGAGAGUGUGGAAACCAUUGGCGAACCGUCGAACAGUAUGGCGUUCAAGCGGUUGGAGCUGCGCACCAAAGAGCUGGAAUCGCGUCUCGAGUUCGAGCAGGCGACCCGGGCCCGCAUCGAGAUACAGCUGAACCGGCACAAGGACUCGCUGGAAAAGCUGCAGGGCGAGCUGAUGCAGGCGCGCAACCGCGAAUCGCAGGCACAGGACGCGCUGAAGAAGGCACAGAAAACGAUCCGCGAGCUGAGAGACGAGCUGUCGACGCUUGCUAACCGCGAUCAGGAGGGACUGCUAAAGCGCAAGGAGCUCGAAAAGCGCAUCGAGACGGCCGAAUCGGAGACGGGGUCGGCGAGAGCGGAUCUGCGGCUCGCGCUACAGCGGAUAGCCGAUCUGCAGCAGGCCAUGGAAGAAGAGGGUGACUCAUACCAAUCGGACAGCGAUACGAGCGAUAGUUCGUCGUCGAUGGAUUCAUUCCACGAGUCGACUGUAACACGCAAAUCACCGAGCGUCGGCAGCGGAGACCACUUCGGUACAACCAAUGGAGGCAGCAGCCGGGGAAGCAUCGGUAGUCUGGCCAGCAGUACGCGGGAUGGGCGUAAGGAAAGCAACAAUCCAAGGAUUCGUCCAAGCCUGAUAGGAAGUGUUCGGCGUAAAAAACGUCUGCCCCCUACUAUUAAAGAAGAAGACGAAAGUUAUGCGACCGACGAACAGACCAGUACCGGGACGAGUUUACCGCAAAGCCAAACGCCGGAUCUAUUAUCAUCGCUGGAAAACAAUCAUCUUAAUCAUGCGGAGCAAAGCCCAAGCCCAAGCACCACAGACGUUGAGCAUGUCGAAACAGUAGCAGCUGCUUGUCGCAGAAUGAGUGAAUCGAGCACGCUACGCGAAGAGACAACUACGGUAGCAAAAGAGUCCGUUGUUCCGUCCGCUGAAGUGAAAGGCGAGCAGUGUGAAUUUCCCUUCGAUAUCAACACGCUGAAAUCGAUCAAGGAGAAGAUACACUCGCUAAAUCAGAUAAUACGCGACGAAUCGCACGACACGAGCUCGGAAAUCGAUCUGGUAGAUCUGAAGAACCUGAAGAACCAGAUACACGAGUUCAAGAAAGCGAUCGAAUGUAGCCGCUCACGCUCGAUGGAUAAGCUUGUGAACAGUGGUGGAAGCACACUAUCUGCCGGCAUCAUAACGACAUCGGCGUCUACGGGGUCGGCCAGCACUGAGCCACUCUCGUAA